ACAUUAGCGCUCACCCUGGACUAGGCAGGCCUGUUGAGCAGAAACAAGGGCUACCAUUUCCUCAUGACCCCACAUGGGAUCGUUUUCUCCCAUCCGACAGUAAAGCUCCCGGCAAAGUCAGAAAAGCACAAUGUGAGGUGAACAUGCUUCAACAUGACGACAUACAUCCUGUGGACUGUUUUUACAUGGACGGUCAAGGGGAUACUGUGCACCUGCAGGUUCCUCUGGAUAUGCCCAUACAAUGCAAUCAAAUUCUUGCCAAGGGAACGACACAUUGCAGAGGACACAAGCCGACAGCUGAAACACCUUGUGGGCUCUGAAAGCAAAGUGAUCGCAGCCAUACCAGGUAGCCCUGACCGUACAACCGCACUUUAUAAAAGGCUGACCAAGACCGAGAAGGAGAUACUGUCACUCAAAACCAGGAUCGCGUGUGAGAGAGCAUCAUGGGAAAGGAGAUUUGCAGAGCUGCAACGAAAACAGGAAGAGCUACAUAAUCAGCUGGCCUCUCAGGCUGGAGUGUCGGUGAAAGUGGGCAGUUGUGAUGACCAGGGACAGUCAGGAGACAAUGGAGAAGUAUUUGAGGAGUGUUCAAGCAGCCCCUCAAGAAUGAUGUUCCAACACAGAGGGUCUGAGGUGUCGUCAAGAGGCAACACUCAUUCAAGCAGUCUGUCAGGCAGCCAGUUAUCCUCAUCAUCGGCACUGAGCUCAAGACCUGUCUCCUCCUCAUCUUCAGCCACCAGUGUGAGGUCAUGGAGGACGUCCCAGGGGCCCCACCGGGUCUUUGUACCCCACUCCCCCAUGGACCUGGAGCUGGGUCACCGGGUCAGGAUCAUGCUGCCAUCUGGACGCAUCAGCACUGGAACUAUCCGUUUCCUGGGCCACCUGCAGGGGGAGGCAGAGCUCCACCUUGGGGUGGAGCUGCAGACACCUGAUCACGGAUUGCAUGACGGCAGCCACAGGGGACACAGCUACUUUGAAUGCAGGCCUGGCUAUGGUGCCUUUGUACCAUUCCACAAGCUACUGAUGGCCUGGGAAUGACAAAAGCACAGCCAUUCGUGUAGAGCAGCCCAUAUUGACCCACAGCCAACUAAGUGCACAGCCGUAGUUACAGCCACACCUGAUGAGAAAAGUCUUUGUAUUAAACUACAUACUACUACAAUGCUGGAAAAGUUACAUAUGUCAUGUGUGUCUUGUCUUGUCUGUU